AUGACAUUAUCACAGCGGCCAAAUGUUUUACAGGAAAAAACAAAGAAAAAAGAAAGGAAGCGAAAGAAGGAACGUCGUAAUGCACCAGGUGAUACCGGCGAAGGUCGCAUCGAACCUACCAAUACAGUGUCGGAAGAAACACUAGAGGAAGGUGAAAUUGUUACAGAGAAGGAUAUAUCGCCACGGGAUAUGGAUAAAACGCUUGUGAGCUAUGAAACUUCUGAGUCUGAGGGCGAAGCAGAAGAAUGUGAUGUCAUGGAAGAUUUUCCACAGCAACAAGUCCGCAAAAAUGCUUCGAGUACAAAUGUUUCUGCAAAUGAGAAGGAAGAUGAGGGACCGAUUCCGAUGGGAGCAGCAAGCACCGAGCAUCAUUCAUCUCAGGUCUCAAAUUUUCUUAUUACCGUUAGAGAUGUUUUAAUGGCAACUGGUUGA